AUGUCCGAUCCGGCGAGUACGUUGAAAGACUGGUGCGACAACGGCAAGUUGUCGUCGGCCACCUUAUCGUCCGAUGGGAGCAGCCUGUCGUUGGAGGGUUCCAGUCUUCCCGGCAAGGAUAUCAUUAGCGUGAGCCACGAUGGACGACAAGCCGAGUACAGUGUGGCAUCCAUCUAUUUGCAGAUUCUGGAUCCGGAUCAAGGUUUGGUCAAGUACCGUGGUGCCUGUAAGAAACAUCAAGUCGGAGAUCCCGUCAAGGCACUCGACAAACCGGUCGUUGUGGGAUACUUUCUAGCGGGCAGUGCGUCUGCUGCUGUUGCGGCUGUUCCUCCACCACCCGCUGAAGAACCGGCCGCUCGAGAACCCGACAAGCCCAGUGGUGAUAGUGCCGUCGCUGGUAGUGCUGACACCUCCAAGACACCCGAUCAUCGCAAAGAAAAGGAAAGUAGUAGUGCUGCUUCGGCCAAAAAGCCUCGUCCCAGUAGUAGUAGCAGCAGCAAGCAUCAUCACGACAAGCACCGCAAACACCACGACAAAAAGCGACCUCCUUCCAAAGACAAACAUGGCGACAAGCGUAAAAAGCACAAACCCAUGGUCACCAACGAACAAUUGUUUUCCAAUCUCAAUGUCGUCGUCGACAAGAGAGCGACCGCCAAGGGAGACGAAAAGGAAAAUUCCGUUCCCGCCGAAGAACUCCCACUUUUAGCAGCACAACAACCGCGAAGUGAAGAAUUCGAAGCCAUUCGCAAGGCAUUGUCGCCCCAAGGAUUCCAAGUCACACCGGAAAUGCUCGAAGCCAGCAAGGAAAUCACCGAAGCACUCACGUCCAAUGAAAUUCCCGUCGGAGAUUCCGCGUCCAUUUUGCGGGCCACUUCGGCCGGGGCUAAUUUAUCCCGCGUCCUCAACAUUUUCCUCGAAACGGUCAAUCCCAAAUUGGCACACAAAAAGGGUGCCAUUACGGCCACACCCAUUAAAAAGAAUGCCAAACCCUACCUUAUUGGCAAGAAACCCAUCAUUCUAUUGCCCAAAGGCAUGACGUGUCCCAUUACCAUUGUCAAUGGAUUCGAUUUCUUUUCCAAUGCCCGCUAUAUUCCCCGCGAUGUCAUGCUCAAGAACAAGGCGCAACAGACCAACAUGAAGAAACUCUGUUUUACUCGGAAAAUGCCCGGCGUCGGAUUGGUCGAAUUUGAAUUGCUCGACAAUCCGCGCAAAUUGCAUUCCAAAGAAGAAUGGGAACGCGUCGUGGCCGUCGUAGUGAUGGGACACAAGUGGCAAUUCAAAGAUUGGCCCGGACGGUAUUCGGAUCCCGUACAGCUGUUUACCAAGUGUUUUGGAUUCUAUAUUGGAAUGGAAGGGGACAAGUUGCCCAAUGAUUUGCUCGGAUGGGCAUGUAAACGGGGCAAAGUGCACCGGGACAAGCGUGGAUUGGAUUCUGUUACGAGUGCCAUGUUUUGGAAUAAUCUCGACGAGUGGAUGAAGAUUCACAAGGCCGAGCUGUUGCCGCAUCCAGAGUAG